GUUCGGUUCCGGGGGGGGGGGGGGGGAUCGGCCGGGAGGUUCCGCCGGUACCGCCGGUACCGGGAAUGGCCGCUCCGACACAACCAUCCCCAACCGGAUCGUUCCAGAGCCCCCGCAGGAUCCCGAAACGGAAAAGCCGCUUCAAACGCUCCGACGGCAGCACCUCGUCCGACACCACGUCCAGCGUCCUACGGCGGCAGGGCUCGGCUGAGUCCUACACCAGCCGCCCCUCGGACUCAGAUGUGUCCCUGGAUGAGGAUCGUGAGCGGCGCGAGGGGCAGAGCCGGGCUCAGCAGCAGCUCGAGAGGGCCAAGCACAAGCCCGUGGCCUUCGCGGUGCGCACCAAUGUCAGCUACUGCGGGGCGCUGGAUGAGGAGUGUCCCCUGCAGGGGGCGGCCAUCAACUUCGAGGCCAAGGAUUUCCUGCACAUCAAGGAGGUAAUAUCCCCCCAUUAUCCCCCCAGGAUCUCCAUCACUCACAUCACAGCCGACCUGUCCUUGGCCAAACGCUCCAUCCUCAACAACGUGGGCAAACAGGCGCUGCUGGAACGUUCAGCUGCACGCUCCACCAUCGCCGAGGUGCAGGCUGAGAUCGAGCGCAUCUUUGAACUGGCCAAGUCGCUGCAGCUCGUGGUGCUGGACGCCGACACCAUCAACCACCCGGCGCAGCUGGCCAAGACGUCGCUGGCGCCCAUCGUUGUCUACGUCAAGGUGUCAUCGCCGAAGACACAGCACAUCCCCCCCUACGACGUGGUGCCGUCCAUGCGCCCCGUGGUGCUGGUGGGGCCGUCCCUAAAGGGAUACGAGCAGCUGCUGGAGGAUCGCAGCGAACACUCCCCCCUGGAGCACGACAGCCUGAUGCCGUCGGACGAGGCCAGCGACCCCCCACCACGAACAUGGGGGGGGGGCUCGACCCACCGCAGCUCCCGGCACCUGGACGAGGAGGAGGAGGAGGAAUAUGGGGGGGGUCCGUACCCGGAGCUUUACCAGCCCCACCGGCACCACAACUCGGGGCUGCACGGAGCCCCCCCCCCACAGGAGCGGCUCCUGGACCGGGACCACGAGCGGAACUGGCAGCGCAGCCGGGCCUGGGCCAAGGACAGCUAUUAAUUAUGGGAUAUAGGGGGGUACAAUGGGAUUUGGGGGGGGGCACACGGCUGGGACCCGGCCCUAUAGCCCUGUAUGCCCCCCCCCCCAACAAGGACAGCUAUUAAAUGGGGGCUAUAGGGGGGUACAGUGGGAUUUGGGGGGGUCACACGGCUGGGACCCGGCCCUAUAGCCCUGUGUGCCCACCCCCCCCAACAAGGACAGCUAUUAAAUGGGGGCUAUAGGGGGGUAUAAUAGGAUUGGGGGGGGUCACACGGCUGGGACCCGGCCCUGUAGCUCUGUGUGCCCCCCCCCCCCCAACAAGGACAGCUAUUAAAUGGGGGCUAUAGGGGGGUAUAAUGGGAUUGGGGGGGGGCACACGGCCCUAUAGCACUGUAUGACCCCCCCCAACAAGGACAGCUAUUAAAUGGGGGCUAUAGGGGGGUACAAUGGGAUUUGGGGGGGACACACGGCCCUAUAGCCCUGUGUGCCCACCCCCCACUAAGGACAGCUAUUAAAUGGGGGAUAUAGGGGGGGGUAUAAUAGGAUUGGGGGGGCACACGGCUGGGACCUGGCCCUAUAGCCCUGUGUGCCCACCCCACUAAGGACAGCUAUUAAAUGGGGGCUAUAGGGGGGUAACAAUGGGAUUUAGGGGGGGGCACACGGCCCUAUAGCCCUGUAUGCCCACCCCCAACAAGGACAGCUAUUAAAUGGGGGAUAUGGGGAGUACAGUGGGAUCUGGGGGGGGGGCACACGGCUGGGACCCGGCCCUAUAGCCCUGUGUGCCCACCCCCCCCCAAGGACAGCUAUGAAAUGGGGGCUAUAGGGGGGUACAAUGGGAUUUAGGGGGGCACACGGCCCUAUAGCCCUGUAUGGCCCCCCCCCAAGGACAGCUAUUAAAUGGGGGCUAUAGGGGGGUAUAAUGGGAUUUGGGGGGGGGGCACGGCCCUAUAGCCCUGUGUGCCCACCCCACUAAGGACAGCUAUUAUUUAUGGGCUAUAGGGGGGUAACAAUGGGAUUUGGGGGGGGGGCACACGGCCCCAUAGCCCUGUGUGCCCCCCCACCCCCCCAGUGGGGGCGCUCAGACAAUCUCCCUCUAUUGGGAACAGCGGCAGCUUCCCGGCCCUACUCAGCCAUACUAAGCACAGGGGGGGGGGGACAGCGGCCGGGACCCCCCCCCACCCC